AUGUCCGCCGACAGCGAAUCCAGGAUCCAGUCCUCGGCCAGAGGCGUGUAUACAUAUGGCCAGCGACAAGUUGAUCGCGUCAUCAGCCCAGAGACUCGUCAGAAGCACUACAAUGCCGUUACCAAUUUCGCCAUGGAGCGGCCUCUCGUCUUUGCGUUCAUCGCCUCGCAACUCCUGUUCUCCGCCCUCCCGCUCGCCCUAUUCAUCUCCUUCUCGAUCUCCACGGGCAUCUUUGCCUUCGUAUCCGCCGUCGUCUUUUCGCUGUUCUGGAUCGGCGUCGCUCUCCUAGUUCUCGUACCCAUCCUGUUCGUGAGCUUUAGCGCCGCUGUGCUCGUCUGGCUUUGGGCCAUCGCCACUUUCCUCGUCGGCCGCUGGAUAUACCGCAUGAUGCCCGUCAGCAUGCAGGGAGACAUGCAGGUCAAGAUGCCGAACGGCAAACAGGUCAUCUUCCAGAAGGAGCGCAACAGCGGCGUCGGCCUCGGUUUCGACGACAUUGACAUCAAGGAGGGGGCUGCGGAAGUCAAGGAUUAG